AUGACUACAUUUAGGUUUUGCCGUGAUUGCAACAAUAUGUUGUAUCCUAGAGAGGACAAAGAAAGCAGGAGAUUACUAUUUGAAUGUAGAACGUGUUCAUACGUGGAAGAAGCUGGUAGUCCCCUUGUUUACAGACAUGAGCUUAUUACAAAUAUUGGUGAGACGGCAGGUGUUGUGCAGGAUAUUGGGUCAGAUCCAACACUACCGAGAUCUGAUAGAGAGUGUCCUAAAUGUCAUGCUCAUGAGAAUGUCUUUUUCCAAUCACAACAGAGAAGAGGUGAUACUUCCAUGGUUCUUUUCUUUGUGUGCCUAAACUGUUCGCAUAUAUUUACAUCAGAUCAAAAAAAUACAAGAACACAAUUCGAAUAA